UGGUGACAGUCGCAUUCAAAUUCAAGAAGGCGGUGUUUAACAGACCGGAUAUUGCAUUUCACAAAGCACCGCAGUGGAGUUGAACUAAACACCGUGCUUUUAAAAAGGCGCUCAAAAUAUUAUUUGUAGUCUGUUUGUUUGUAAAUUGAUCACGCGUGUGGGUAUUGUGUCAACGUAUGCGAUAAUUUGCUGUAGGUUAGCCUAUGUUAAAAAGGUUUUUACUUGGGCUACGUGAUCAAUUCGACCUGUUGCGUGUUGUCAGUGUUUACUGCAGAUUGUGAUGUCAGCAUUGUGUCGUAUUAAGAUUUUAAGUUUUAUGUUGGCACAGCUCUGUAAAAUCUAGCUUUUAUAUGGAGCUCGAGUGUAGGCUAUGAAAUGGCAAGUCAAGCGAACUUGGAGUCGUCCUUACGCCGCUGCGCCAGACUCGGCCUGGAUGUACUGGAGCGAGCCUCAAGACGGAGUGUAGACUGGACUUCAAAUCCGUCUGAGACCCCAACCCAAGAAACGGACGAAGGAGAUUCAACCCACACGACCCUGGACGAUGCAUUGGAAUCCAUAGCAGAAUUCAUGACACAGACUACACACCAAUGCAAGAAGUUUUACUUGGACCCUACCCAUAAGGCCACUGAAAAUGAGAGGGCUCACGUGUGUAGAUACCACUCACACCAAAGACCGGGCACUGCACUUGGGACCAGAAAACACGUCCAGCUGGGACCAGAGGUCUUCCACAUUGAGGUGUCUCCAGGAACAUACAGCAUAACACCGACGAUGGAUGCCCAUGAACAUAUCCGACUAGUCCACCUUAAUGCUGGAGAGAGCAUCAACCUCACCUUUAACCACAGACAUGUGCCAAACUAAAUGUUUACAUAUGAAACUUCCCUUAACAAGAACUGUUCUCCAUAUUAUUUAUGUUUUUCUGUAUCCAACAUGCAUUUUGCAGGAUUUGUGUUAAAUUAUUUGCAGCUUUUCUUGCUACUAUUGAUAAAAUCCUGGGUAUAUUUCAGUGUUUAAUUAAAUAGAAUGAAUGUCACGUCUGCAUUAAAGAAUCUGCGGCUGGUGUUUCUGAUUGGCUGGUAGGUGGCAUUUAACUCUAGCCUGUAAUUGGCUAUCAACUUUGCCUAAAAUGUACUCCACUAUGCCUGCAUCUCGUCCAUAUAGCGGGACAAAUAUUGGUGUGUGGUGUUUCAUGUGAGCUUGUGAACUGUUUGAAAUGCGUGAGUCUCGAAUGUGUGAGACUUGAGAUGCUGUAUCAGUAUCUGCUUGUACACAAUUCCAGAGAAUUACAAAUUAAACUACAUUGCAAAAAAUACAUGCAUUCUGUAUUUAGAUGAGUCAGAUCACAUGGUUUGAACGAUCACAUGUCUAUCAGAGAAAUAAACUAUUAAUAAUCACCAAAAGGUGAU